AUGGAGAGCAUCGUGGACAUUUACAAUACUUUGGCAACACGGCACUAUUCGGUUCUCCAUGUUUUCUCUGCAGGGACCUUUGGAGUUUUCGUUGGCUUAACAGUACAACGCUGGUGGCAAGGGCGACGACAAAAGGCACCUGCACCUCUUUCACCUUCUUUGGCAAGUCCCAGAUCAUAUCAAGAUGAUAGUGAAAGUGAUACCGAUGAAGAUAGCGACUCGUUGCGGGCACACAAGAUGGUGCUAGUUGUGAGAACAGACUUGGGAAUGGGAAAAGGAAAAAUCGCUGCCCAGUGUUGUCAUGCGGCGGUGGCGGCCGUGCAGACCGCGCAAUACAAAGCGCCCGAUGUAUUACGAAAGUGGGAAAAGUACGGCGCGGCAAAGGUGGCACUGAAAUGCUCGUCUGAGAAAGAACUUCUGCACCUCCAUGCGUUGGCACGCAAGGCUGGCCUUGUUGCCGAGUAUAUCGAGGAUGCAGGACGGACACAAAUUCCCGAAGGGAGCCGUACGGUACUGGCGAUCGGACCAGCUCCAAUCCAGGCCGUGGACACUGUCACUGGACAUUUGAAGUUACUUUAAUAUUGCAUUCAAAUUGUAGCAAAGCUGUAGAAAUGGGCUGUAACAUUCGUCGCAACAUAGAGAGCGUGGUAAAAUCCCAACCUUGGGAAGGCAGUACAUGUUUAGACGUAUUUAAUAUGGCCAUGAACGGCAUUGGCAG